AUGUCGUCGAGAAAGAAGAUUACUGAAUUCCCCGACGCCGAGGCCAAGUUGCAGAGGCCAGUCAAGCAGUCGGCAUUCGAGCGCCAAAAAGCUGAGGCCGAGGCCAAGCGUCGCAGAGAGGAGGCCGAGACGGCUGCCGCCCUGGAAAGCUUCCGCGAGACCUUCGGCGACGAUGAUAGCUUUCGUUCCUCCGCCCGAGACUCAAAACCCCCGCCGUCAAGACUCACCGAUGGAUUCCCGAAUAAGCCGCCGUUGGGCGCAUCGACUGGCUAUGGAGGAGGUUCUGGCAAGAGACACUUCGGCGUCCCCUCGGGCCCCACGAUGAAAAGCGGCCCUGGUAGUCUGGGUCCCGUACCGUCUUCCCUUGGGAAGAAGAGACCCUUUGAAGGCUUCCAAUCGAGAGAUGAGGGACGUGGUAGGCUUGGUCUUAGCAGCUGGGAUUCACGGUCGCGGACGGAUGAGAAUGCCCCCGUGGCCGACAGAGCACAGGAAAAGGCUAUAUCGAAGCCCACCCUGCGUCUCGCCAACAUCCCGCUGAAUACGUCGCUAUCCGCCAUUAAGGCCCUGGUUCCCUCAAAUUUGACGGUCGACGACGUCAAAAUCAUACCACCCUCUGGACCAAGCGGCACCGAACGAAAGUCGAACACGGCGAUUGUCAUUUUGUCACAGGAAACCCCUGCGAAGGACAUAGAUGCUGCGGCGAGCGUGCUGCAAAACCGCUACCUCGGAUUCGGGUUCUUCCUGUCUGCACAAAAAUAUCUCUCUUCAGCCGCCAUAUCCUCCAGCCUCCCUAUCUCGGUGUCCUCGGGGCCUUCGUCGCAUCCCUUCGGGGCGAAAAGGGUAGAGCCAUCUGUUAAAACCCACUUGUCGCAACCGAUCGGUCAUGGACGCGCCUACGCACCUCCGUCUUCUUACGGCCCCGCGAGCGCUUCAGUCGACAGAAACGAUCUUUUGCAUGUACCCACCCGUCCCCCAGGAGACAUCAAGCAGCUACGAAUGAUUCACAAGGUUAUUGAGUCUGUUUUGGAGCGCGGAGCUGAGUUCGAGGCCCUCCUCAUGUCACGACCAGAGGUCCAGCGAGAAGAAAAGUGGGCCUGGAUCUGGGACGCGCGGAGUGAAGGCGGCAUAUGGUAUCGCUGGAGACUGUGGGAUAUUAUCACGGGCUUCUGGUCGCGUCGACGGGUGGACAAGUAUGUCCCCCUGUUUGAAAGAAGUCAUGCCUGGAAAGUGCCUGAUGAACGUCUGCCUUACGAGUACGCGACUGGCGUCGACGAGUUUGUUUCCGACCCCGACUACAACUCGUUAGAUGAAGAUGAUUUCGAGCCCGACAAGCCGCGCCAGAACGAAACUGGAUCUGGAUCCAAGACAAAAGAUGACACGUUCCUGAACCCCAUCGACAAGUCUAGGCUCGCCUACCUCCUAGCGCGGCUCCCAACCACAUUAUCCAAAAUCAAGAAUGGAGACAUAGCCAGCGUAAGCGCGUUUGCUCUCGCACACACAAGCAAGGGUGCCGAUGAGGUUGCCGAGAUGGUAGUCUCGAAUAUUGAGCGUCCAUUAGCAUUUACGUCUGCAAAUCCAAAGUGCAAGAAGGAUUCUAAGGGCAAAGACGGCGAUGGCGAGGACUCUCGCCAUGUUUCGCCAGCAGCUGAGGACAAAGCCGCAUCUGAUGCUACCGACAUAAGGGAAUCGCGGUUAAUCGGCCUAUAUGUUGUGAGCGAUAUUCUGGAGUUGUCGGGGAAUAAAAACCUUGCCUGGCGAUUCCGUCAGCUUCUCGAGACGGCACUUCGAAAGCACAAAACCUUUGAGAUGCUGGGUAUGAUGGCUGACAAGUUCAACUUUGGCCUCAUGCGUGCCAACAACUGGAAGAAUAGCAUAGAGUACGUCUUGUCUAUCUGGGAUGGCAAGAAUAUAUUCCCGGAAGAGACACAGGCUUUUUUCUACAGCAGUUUCAAAAACCCGCCCUCGGUCAAGAAGGAUACGAGUGGCGGCGAGACAGGAAAGACGACAAGCCGCUGGAAGUCGGUUACACGCUCAACUGCGGAAGGAGGCAAGGCUAGUGCGAUCUCGGCCGCGUCUAAUCUACCUGCAAGCUAUCUAGAGCCAGCAAACGGAUCGGGUCGUGCCGAUAGGAUGCUAGAUACUGGCGAAACUGAUAGAGAGCCGCAGUUAUCGCAAGUACAGUAUUCUUUUGGUGCAGGAGAACUUCUGUCAGAAGAUGAUAUUGACGGCGAGGCACACGAAGGCCCCACCGAUCAUGACGCCGUCAUGGGCGGGUUAGAUGAAACGCCGGUGGCACGACCGUUGACAACCAAACCAGAAGUCAAGUCAGUCGGCGGCUUUAAGAUGUCCUCGUUCAAGGCAGCGGUGCCCAGGAAGCGGAUACGGGCAGUGGACAUGUUUGCCGGCUCAGGCUCAGACGAGGAUCAUUAA